AUGAUAUAAGAUUCUGCAAAUAUUUCUUACUUCCUUAAAUAAUAAUAAUUCUUAUUGAUUUAUAAAAAUGGAUUAUUUAUUAUAAUAAUUAAAUUUAGCAAAUCAUAUAACAAAUCUAUGGGAUGUGUUCAAAAUAAAGUUCCAAGUGCUGAAAUUUCUAUAAUUAUAUUGAGUCCUCCUAUCUGUGAUUCACCAUCAAUUGAAUUUACACUAAAACCAUAUUACAAUGAGUAAUUUCCUGCUGCUCAUUUGCCUACUAAUACAUCUGUUAAAUACUUUCAUACAAAAUUCAUUUAAUAGAAAAGAUUAACUUGGUCCACAAGAUGUUAAUCAAUUAAAGAUAAGAAAGAGAUAUAUAAUAAUCAACCUUCUAAUAGUUGUCCAUACUUUUGA